CGUGGCAGUUAUCUCCGGGAAGGCAGACAAGAGAAGGCUGCUCCCGACAUCCUAUGCCCUGCUGUUCCCCAUUUCCCCUUAUCCUGAAGGUCACCCGUGGUCCUUCUCACCCAAUCCCAGAGCCCCGCCCCUCCUCUGAGGGUUCCGCACCCCUAUUCUGAGAUCCCAGGGCCACUGCGACCCGGGCCCCCUUCUGACUCCCUCGUGAUCCGUGUAUUUUAGUUAUCGAAACAAUUUUAUUUGGAUCUAAAUCCGGUUCAACUUCUAAUUCCAAGAUUCUGCGGUUCUGAGUCUCGGACUUCGUCAUCCUGGUCUGCAUGACUUUCUGAGAUCCUUAGUUUGGAGGAGUCCUGACUCCGGCUCCGCCAAGCCCGUGCCGGGUGGUCUGCGACCCGGCGUGCAUGACCAAGCCCUACGAGUGCUCGGCCUGCCUUCAGGUCCUCCUGAGGGAACGCACGUCGGGGACCUGCCCACAAACCCAGUGUUGUGAAGAUUGCUCCAGGAAAAAGGAAGGAUGCCGCUUUUCUUCCGGAAGCGGAAACCCAGUGAGGAGGCUCGGAAACGCCUGGAGUACCAGAUGUGUCUGGCAAAAGAAGCUGGCGCAGAUGACAUUCUUGACAUUUCUAAAUAUUCCAUUUGGGGUUUUUGCAACAUGUAAAGUUCUCCAGAAGAAGGUGUUGAUUGUCCACACAAAUCACCUCACUUCCCUGCUUCCUAAAUCCUGCAGCCUCCUGAGUCUCGCAACCAUCAAGGUUCUGGAUCUUCACGAUAAUCAGCUGACAGCCCUUCCUGACGAUAUAGGACAGCUGACGUCCCUCCAGGUAUUGAACGUGGAAAAGAAUCAACUGACGUAUCUCCCGCGUUCCAUUGGGAACCUGAUUCAGCUCCAGACCCUCAAUGUGAAAGACAACAAGCUGAAGGAGCUUCCAGACACCUUGGGGGAACUUCGAAGCUUACGUACUCUCGACAUCACUGAAAAUGAGAUUCAGAGAUUGCCACAGGUGCUGGCCCAUGUUCGAACCCUGGAGACUCUGAACCUCGACGCCUCGUCCAUGGUUUACCCCCCGCGGGAGGUGUGCAGUGCCGGCGCCGGGGCCGUCCAGCAGUUCCUCUGCAAAGAGUCAGGGCUGGAAUAUUACCCCCCUUCUCAGUACCUGCUGCCAGUCCUGGAGCAAGAUGGAGCUGAGAACUCCCAGGACAGCCCCAAUGGGCCCAUGGACAGGUUCUCUAGGGCGGAGGUAGAGUGGCAGAAUAGGUUCUCAGACUACGAGAAGAGGAAGGGCCUGUGCCACCCAUCACCAGGAUCUACAUUCUUGCAGGAACAGAAGAUGCUGGAGAAACUGGAGUUUGAACGGCGCCUGGAACUCGGGCAGCGAGAGCAUGCCCAGCUCCUUCAGCAGAGCAGCAGUCAGAAGGAUGAGAUCCUCCAGACAGUCAAGGAGGAGCAGUCCCGGCUGGAGCAGGGCCUCAGUGAGCGCCAGCGCUACCUCGACGCAGAGCGUCAGCAGCUGCAGGAGCAGCUGAAGCAGACGGAGCAGAACAUCUCCAACCGGAUCCAGAAGCUCCUGCAGGAGAAUCAGAGGCAAAAGAAAAGUUCCGAGAUUUUGAAGUCACUGGAAAAUGAAAGAAUAAGAAUGGAACAGUUGAUGUCCAUAACGCAGGAGGAGACAGAGAACCUGCGCCGACGUGAGAUUGCCUCCGCCAUGCAACAGAUGCUGACCGAGAGCUGUAAGAACCAGCUCAUCCAGGUGGCCUACGAGUCUCAGAGGCAGAACUUGGUCCAGCAGGCUUGUUCCAGCAUGGCCGAAAUGGAUGAGCGGUUCCAACAGAUUCUGUCGUGGCAGCAGAUGGAUCAGAACAAAGCCAUCAGCCAGAUCCUGCAGGAGAGUGCCAUGCAGAGGGCCGCGUUCGAGGCUCUCCAGGCGAAGAAAGACCUGAUGCUGCGGCAGAUCAGGAACCAGAUUAAGUUAAUAGAAACUGAGUUAUUGCAGCUGACACAGCUGGAGUUAAAGAGGAAAUCCCUGGACACAGAGGCACUCCAGGAGAUGAUCUCGGAGCAGCGCUGGGCCCUCAGCAACCUGCUCCAGCAGCUGCUCAAAGAGAAGACGCAGCGAGAGGAGGAGCUCCGGGAAAUCCUGAUGGAGUUAGAAGCCAAAAGCGAAGCUAAGCAGGAAAAUUACUGGCUGAUUCAGUAUCAACGGCUUUUGAACCAGAAACCCUUGUCCCUGAAGCUGCAGGAAGAAGGCAUGGAGCGCCAGCUGGCGGCCCUCCUGGUGGAGCUGUCGGCCGAGCACUACCUGCCCAUCUUUGCCCACCACCGCAUCUCGCUGGACAUGCUGAGCCGGAUGAGCCCUGGGGACCUGGCCAAGGUGGGCGUCUCAGAGGCUGGCCUGCAGCACGAGAUCCUGCGGAGGGUCCAGGAGUUGCUGGACGCAGCCAGGAUCCACCCAGAGCUGCUGAAGCCACCCCAGGGUGAGGUCCUUGGGACCGUGGAGCCCACUGCUCCUGAGGAGCUUCCUGAGCCAGUGAGGCCCUCGGCUCCGCCCACAGAGCUGGAGGUGCAGACCUCCGAAUGUGUUGUGUGCCUGGAACGGGAGGCCCAGAUGAUCUUCCUCAGCUGCGGCCACGUCUGCUGCUGCCAGCAGUGCUGCCAGCCGCUGCGCACCUGCCCACUGUGCCGCCAGGAGAUCGCCCAGCGCCUCCGCAUCUACCACAGCAGCUGAGCGCCGGCUGCCAGCCCAGGCCCAGCCCCACCUCCACCACCUCUGCCCAGGGCUCCAGCUCACCCCCUGCUCUAGCCAGACUAGUACGACACCCCUCCGUCCUGGCCGCUUUCCCCACAGCCUGGGAGGGCGUCUCCCACCCCAAUCUCCAAGCACGCCUGGGCCAGGCAGGGCGGGCAGCGCCCUGACCAAUGACGUAACUGGUCUGCAUCCUGUGGAGAAAGAGAGAGGACCCCUCAUGGCACGAGGACAGGUUCUGGGGUCUGGAGAGGCAGCUGUGCCACAUCUGGGCACAGAACUGAGUGUCCUGACCAGUGUGGCUCUGCCCUCCAAGAGCCUCCAUGUCCUCAUCAGGGGAGCAACUCGGCUGGUGGUGGGAGUGCAGGAGGGCGCUGGCAAGGGGAGGGGAGGCUAUGGGUUGAGUUGGCGUGCGGUAUGGCCAUAGGUCACCACGGGCUGUCCUGGGAUUCACCAGCUAGAUGUAUUCAGCGCAGGCCUUGUACCACAAGCGACACCACCCCUGCCUGCCUCCCCCUCUCCUCCCCAGCGCUCUGGGCCCCUCUGCUCUCCAGAUCUACACCUCCUCACCCCACACAGCUCACAGGCAGGCAAUGAGCUUUGCAGACCCAAAGCAGAACAUCAAUAAAUCCACCCCUAGCCUGCUCCCUUCGAGUCAUCACUGGGUCUUGACUCCCAAGCCCAUGCGGUUGUGCAGGUUGUUCAUUGCACAGUUCUACAAGGAGCCACGUGCCGUGUGCUUGCUGUAGAGUUGCAAGUUUAUUGUGCAUUUUCUGGCUGACAGUUUUGAGCCAAGGGCAGCUUUUCCUCUGGGCCAGAGGCAGGCCUGCUUGGGGCGCCAGGGCUCUGCCUCCAGCCGACUCUGACUGAGGCCAGCCUUCCAGACUCUAUCUCCCCACCUGUUCAAGAUGGGACAUGAUGGGGCCCUGAUGUGGGCCAGUGGCACUGAGCACUGAGUGCUCACUCCAGGGGCAGUGCCCUGAGGCGGCUGGAUGCAGGGGAUAGGCACUGAGUUGGCAGAAAGAGCCCUGUCUCCCCUGGGCUUCAAUUUCCCUACCUCAUUCGGACCUUCAGUCCUCUAGGCUGAAACGGGGCGGGGGGAAGAUCCUUGUGGUGUGAGUCCUGCUUUCCAGGCAGGAGCUGGGACCUCUUCCCAGAAUGUCUUCCCCCUGGGAGCCUCUGAUGGUCCUCCUCCCCACAUACCCUCCUGGGCUCCACUUGGCCGAGAGGGGAGACUGAGGCCUGAGAUGGGCAGAGCCACUUUGCAGAGCACGACAUUGUGUAGAUCUCCUUGAAUCCUCACCAGGCCCUGGGAGAAGGGGCUAUUAUGAUCUCUUUAUCAGAUGAGGAGCCUGAGGCUGGGUUUAGUGACUUGCCAAGGACAAGAGGGAGAGCCCCACAGGCCCUGCUGUUUUCUCACCUGAGUCUUUGUUGACAAGCCCUCGGCCACUGGCCACCAUGUACAGGCUGGCACCAGGGAAGCCAGUGUCCCCCAAGGUGAUUGGCUGCUAUUAACACCCAGGAGGGACAUCUUUUUACCCAUGGAUGGGGCAACCCAUCCCUACCAGCUGUCGGGGGUGGGGGGGCUGUCCCCAUGCCCCAUAACCGCAGCCAAGGUUGCCCACCUUCCUGGGCCUCAGUGUACACGUUGGUGAGAUGGUAGUGAGGAUGGUCCCCACCUCCUGGAGCCGCCGUGAGGCUCCUGGGCCUGCAUGGGAAGUGCACGGCCCACGGCAGGUGCUCAGGAAGUGCUAGCUGUGUGAUCAGGAGUCGAUGCUGGCCUCACUGUUUGGAUCCAGCAAGAGCCCAGGGCCCGCCCUGCUGCAGAUGCCCCAGGGCCAA